AUGGGGUUUCAGGGAUACGUCGCCAGCAGGAACCGCACCCUUCAGUAUUUGUACGACAACAACAUCUCAGACAACGUCUUCCUGUCCGGCGACAGCCACCAGAACUGGGUUUCUGACCUCGCCUGGCUCGGCACCAAGCCCUAUGAUGCCGCCACCGGCUUGGGAGCCAUCGGCGUCGAGUUCGCCGGAACAGCCGUCACCUCUUCCGGCCACAGCGGUAUCAUCGCCACCGUACAAAAGGCGACCAAGACCAAGGUCGACAGCAACCCAGAACUGCAAUGGCAAGAAGGGUACUACCGCGGGUACUUCCACCUCUCGAUCAAGAAGUCCAAGAUCGAUGCCCAGUUCUUCGGUUCGCCCAGCGUAGCCACCCGCAACGGUUGGGACCUGUCCCUGGCAAAUUUCACCGUGCUCGCUGGGGACAAUCACUUGCAGAGACCUGUUGGGGGUGGAAGAGUUGAGGCGGGGAGUUUGAAGGGAGGUAAGACGGUGGGGACGAAUGUGACGCUUGAUACAAACGGGUGGAAGUGGGAGAAGGUAGGGCUUUAG